GGUGUUGACAAGGGGAACAUUCAGAUGUUGCAUGGCAGUAUUAUUCACUGUCUCUUCCAGACAGUAAUGAAAGAAGGGCUUAGAGAUGAGAGCGCAGUCCUCACUGUUGCGAAAUCUUUGCUCAGAUCGAACAAGAUUUUGCAUGAUAUGUAAGUAUGUGAACGUCUCUUAAAUUAAGUUAGCAAUUUUUCCCCUUUAGGCUGAGAAAAUCUGUUAGGGUCUUGUUAUAAGAGCCCAAGAAAUUAAGAUAAAUUGUUUAUGAACAGAGUUAAAUAAUCUUUGUAUUUGUUUAAAUCAAUUAUUAAAUUAUUAUUAUUCUAUUAGUUGAAUCUAUAAGAUAAUGAAUAUUUUCUAAGUAUGGUUACGGUGAAGUUGAAUUUAUGAGAUAAUUAAUAUUUUCUAGGUAUAGCUACGGAGAAGUUCAAUCUAUGAGAUAAUUAAUAUUUUCUAGGUAUGGUCAUGGUGUAGAAGAAAAUGUAGUGAUGGAGGAGAUUAAACUAUACAUUCCAUCCCUCUUCUCCUGGCUCAAGAAGCACACGGAAUGGUUAGGAAAUGGGAAAAAUGUAGUUAAAGAGUAAGGAAUGCACAAUAUGAAAUAUAAUUAAUACUUUAGCUGAUAGGUAAUUACUGUAAAUAUAAAAAUAACUAGAUAUUUUUUUUAGUCAUUAUCACUGUCAAGGAUAAUUAUUUUAAAAUAUUUUAAUUAUAGGAGUUAGAUUUACUUGUAAAAAAAAUUUUUUUUUAAAAUUGUUUUAAAAUUUCUGCUGAAUAUUUUAAAAUAUGUUAAAAUUGAGUAAGGGAUUUUCAUGGAUUUUCAUGGUUUAUUAUUUUGUUUGUAUCUAUCAGCUCUCUUCAGAUGAUAGAAACUUUGAUUGACAAAUAAAAAAAAAUGAAACUUUUUUUGAAUUAAUUUUUGUUCUCUCUAUUUUUUAUAAAUGCAUUUCUCCCAACUACAGAUCUGACUUAACUGUGACAGAAAUCCAUGACAUUGAAGAAAACUUUUGGUCUCCAAGGUAA